AUGAAUCCGUUUUUGCGAAGAAAAGGUGACUUCAAUUUAUACAGCCGGUCUUCUAAAAACCAGCCCCUCCCCCUCUACAAAGAUAAACCGCCCUCGCAAAGAUCUGCUUUCACACCAUCUAAAGAUCGUAAGAAAUCGAAGAAAGUCAUGCUUGCGCGUGCGGCCCUAUCUUCAAUUGCACUCUACAUAGUGUAUUACUUCUUCCUCGGCUCGGUGUCGCUUCCCACUUUCGGUCGUCUGCCCGCAACGUCUUGGCCGCAAGCUAAGCAAGAAGUACGGGAAGUAUUCCUUGAGUCUUGGCGCUCAUAUGAGGAAAAUGCGUGGGGAAAAGACGUGUUUCACCCCAUCAGCGGGAAAGGAGAGAACAUGGGGAAAAAACCCUUGGGCUGGUUCAUUGUGGACUCCUUAGAUACUUUGUGGAUCAUGGACUGUAAACCCGAGUUUGCCAAGGCCAAGGACUGGGUAAAAACAGAACUCAACUACAAGUUCGACUAUGGGGUUAAUGUUUUUGAGACUACCAUCCGGAUGUUGGGCGGGCUCUUGUCUGCAUUCCACUUUUCUGAUGAUGACAUCUUUCUAGAGCGAGCUGCCGAACUUGCCAAGGCACUAAAAGGUGGGUUCGAUAGCGCUUCUGGUAUCCCAUUCUCGUCCGUGAACCUUUUGACGGGCAAAGGUAUCAAGAACCAUGUCGAUGGCGGAGCAUCUUCAACUGCAGAAGUGUCUACUUUGCAAAUGGAGUUCCGAUACUUGGCCAAAUUGACUGGGGAGGAACUAUACUGGACCGAUGCCGAAAAAGUCAUGCAAGUUUUGGAUGGAAACAAGCCUGAAGAUGGCCUUGUUCCCAUAUACGUUCACCCUGACACAGGAAAAUACCGUGGUAGCUUAAUUCGCUUAGGCUCGCGAGGCGACUCUUACUAUGAGUAUCUCUUGAAACAAUUUUUGCAAACUAAAAACGAAGAGCCUAUCUACUGGCAAAUGUACAAAGAGUCCGUCGAAGGCGUAAAAAAGCACCUUGUUUCAAAGCUGAAGCCCAACAGUCUCACGUUCAUUGGAGAACUUGAGAAAGGGAUUGGUGGCCCGUUGUCCCCGAAAAUGGACCACCUUGUUUGUUUUUAUGGCGGACUUCUUGCACUCGGAGCCACUAAUGGAUUGACCUUAAAAGAGGCUCGAAAACUGCCCUUUUGGGACGAUGACAAGGAAAGUGAUUUUAAACUAGGCGAAGAAUUGACUCAUACAUGCUACAAAAUGUACAGCGAAGUUGAGACCGGAUUGUCCCCCGAAAUUGUUGUUUUCAACACGGACGUGGAUAGUACUAAGGAUUUCGAUAUUAAACCCGCAGACAGGCACAACCUACAAAGACCCGAGACCGUGGAGUCUUUCUUUUACUUGUACAAGCUCACUGGUGACGAGAAGUACAGACAAUGGGGGUACGAAAUAUUUCGCAACUUUGUUACUCAUUCCCGCGUGGAGGGAAAGGAUGGAAAGGUCACUUACACGUCUUUGAAAGAUGUGACUUCUACACCACCCAAGUAUCUUGACAACAUGGAGUCUUUUUGGCUUGCAGAAACUUUAAAGUACCUAUACUUGUUGUUCGACGACGACAACAAAUUACCUCUCACGGAGUACGUUUUCAACACAGAGGCACAUCCUUUGCCAAAAUUUGACAUGAGUCCGUUGUUUAAAACCGGCUGGAGCAGGGAGGAUGGCGACAAGAGAAAUGAAAGAAAGUUUAGAGCCUCCGUCGGUUCUGAGGGUCUGCCUGAACCUUUGGCUGCGUCUGAGCCGCAAAAAAUUGAUAAGAAGAACCCGCCGAAAGCUGCUCCUGUGGCCAAGAAAGUGGAUGAUGAAUUGACCGAAGAGCUUGCGAAAGAUCCCUCAAUCCAAGAGCAAGAAAAAAGCGACAAGAAAAAGGUAGAAGAUGCAUUGAAAGAGAUUAAAGAAGUUAUUGAGUGA